CAGGCAAGAAGGAUGUUUAUUUCAAAACUCAUUUGAAUGAACUUUGGCAGGAUGAGGUUUUCACUGAUGUUACAUUAGAAGUUGAAGGUAAACAAUUCAAUUGCCAUAAAAUCAUCUUAGCUGCAAACUCACCAUACUUCCGUUCAUUGUUGACAAAUGGAAUGGCUGAAACCACAAAGAAAUCCAUCGAGCUGAAAGAUGUUUCAAGUACCACAAUGGAACAUAUUUUGGGAUUCAUUUACCAUGACUUCAAGGAUAACAGUAACAUAAGGAUUAAUAACCUUAGCGUCAAGCAGGCACUUGAAGCUCUGAAAGCUGUUGAUAUGUUCCAGAUAGAAAAUGAAAUGAAGGAUAUUUUGGCUGAUUAUCUUAUGUUAAAUAUAGCAGAUAACAAUUGCUUCGAAAUUGCCCAGACAGCUCAAUGUAUAGGCCAACCUAAGCUAGCUGAAUCAGCAAAUGAAUAUGCGUUGCAGCACUUUGAUGAUGUAUGGAAGACGGAUGGAUUAUUGGAACUUGAAAAAAACUGUCUUGUCAGUUACCUUGGAGAUGAUAGGCUAGUUGUCACUGAUGAAGAAAAUGUUUUCUACGCUAUAGAUCGCUGGAUGUCCAAAGCUGAAGAACGAGAGGAUCAUAUCAUGGAGCUGUUUGAUUGUGUCAGAUUUUGUUUUAUAAAGUCUAAGGUCUUAACUGAUGACAUCUACACACACGCAUUGACCAAUCUGUUCCCAUGUCUGAAUAACUAUAUCAUUGCUGCAUUUCGUCACCAAACCACACCAUGUUACCAGCAUGAAGAGCAUUAUUACAGAUGCAAACCAAGGAAUUGUGAGACAAAGCUUUUUUCAUCAAGAAUUUCUCUACCGUUCAAUAAUGAAUAUGACGAGGACAGUUCUAUUAACUUGAUCAAAGAAACUUUAUCGAAAGAGCAAACAUUUGAGAUGACAUGGACAAUGCCUGAACACAAGUAUUGUGAUGAGUUUCUUGACUCAGAAGUCUGCUUGGUGGGACACAACAUUUACAGAUAUGAUUCUGACAAGUGUCUUUACCGAUACACAUAUAAGCAAGAGAAUGGGAAUUAUACAAUGGAAUCUUGGAUAAAGUGUGCAAGACCUUCAAAUGCUACCUGCUUGGAAGGAUUCACAUUUACAUUAAGUGGUGACUACAUGUAUUUGAUUGGUGGAAUGGAGGAUAGUGGAGACACAACUGUAAGCUCUUGGAUAAACAUGUAUGAUUGGAGAAAUGAUGUCUGGCAAGCACCCCAAGGAGCUACUACCGCUUUGAUUCACCCAGUGUUUGAACAUUUGACAGUUGCUGUAAAGGGGUUCUUGUACAUAAUUGGUGGCUGUACCGUGGAUAGAAGAAGUAGCCGUUUUCUCCAAAUAUAUAAUAGUAGGAAUGGCAACAUAUCAAUGGGACCAAAGUUGCCCCCAUCUUCUCAGGAAUUAGAGGAAAGCAUUUCCCAAUAUGGUAUCCGUGGAGUGUGUUACAACGAGGAAAUUUACUGCUUUUGGUCAGGGUGUCAAACCAUUUCAAAAUAUAGUCCCCAAGCAAACCAGUGGACUGAUUUAUACCACAAGGUAUUACCGGUUCUUGAAUAUGCAACAUUAAUUGUGAGAAGCAGCAAAAUAUUGGCAUUUGGAGGUUUGAAGGCUCCAUUUAGAGGAAAUAAAAAGGUGUUAGAAUUUGACCCUGAGUCUGGUUCAGUAGAGGUUGUGACUUCAUUUGACUGUCCUCUUUUCUUUGGUGAUCUCUCCAAUCUUGUUAAGAAUGAACAUUUAAAGUGGCUGUAAAGUUACAGGGGUGGAUAUAUGAAAAGCAACUAGGGGGAGGGGGCAUAUUUCAAGUUUGAGGUGAAAAUAUUUUGGACCCCUGAAACCCAAAAAUGAGCCUA